GACAGACAGACAGAGAGGUAAGGCAAAAUAAUAGGUUACUGUGUUUGUUCUGGUUCUGUUACUGUUGGUUGCCCAAAGAGAAUAUAAUCACUACGUUGGUUAUCUAUUAUAAUAAAUUACGCAAGAAAAUUAUGUGUACGGGACAUUACUGCAGAAUAACUAUAGCGUGACUAGCGACUAAUCUUUAGAAUAUCAUACAAUUUCGGUAAUGGCAUUCGCCUUACAUCGCCGUACAAUCAACUUUUUCAACAUUUCGCAGCGUAUUUGGUCACGAGGUAUCGCUAUGUCUUCUCCGAACUUACAGAAAGCUUUAGAAAAGUUAGAAAAGAAUCCGUAUUUUGAAAAAUACGCUCAUCGUAUCGCCGAGCUGCAACGCACGUCGCCAGAGGAGUUCUUGCAGCGUGUGGAAAACGUAGAGCGCUCGGAGGAGGCGCAGCGGCGCGCGCGCGUCUCCCCACCGGACACCAGGCAAUUCUCAUCGGUACUGAACCCCAAAGAGCCUCGCAAAGAAGAUGUUUCAGUACAAGAUAAAAAACUCGAAGAUAUAUUGAAGCUGGAUCUGGUUAAAGACAAAGAUGCAUCUGAAAUUCAGACUAUUUGGGAGCAGUACCACAGAAACAAACAUGUGAUAUCUGCUAUAAUACCUGCUGAUCAAUAUGCUGCAAUUAAAGAAAAGAUGAAUAAGUACCCUACAUUUCUGUUCCCGCUGCCGCGAUCGCAGGGCUAUGAAUUCAUCAUGUGCCAGAGUUACAGCCACUCUAUCCACUUUACACCACUACUUGCUUUCCAGGUCCACAAGGAGAACGCGCCGGAGUGUCUGACGAUGGUGCACUACACGGAGCUGCAGCACAAGGACAUCGUGCUGAUGCGCGGCGAAUACGACAAGAAUGUACUGACUGGUCAAGAGGCGCAGUGUUUGGCCAAUCAAUUUCAAAUGUAUUACGGUGGAAAAGAUGAGACGAAAUCCCAGCUACUGCAAACAUUUACGGAACAUCCAGACAAGUUCAAACAUAUGGAUCUUGUUUCUCAACUAGAAAAUAUUAGCCUGUAAAACGUGUAAAAGUGUGAAUAUAACGCUAAUUUAAUUUUAGAAUAAAAUAAUUAGUUGUUGUUA